ACAUACACAUACACAUACACAUACCCCCAUACACAUACAAACACCACCCAGGCGCUUCAAACACCAGAUUGGCUACCAGAGAAGAACCACUAUGGCUUUCCAGAGGAGCACAAGGAUAUUUGAAUUAUUGCUGCUGGUGGUGCUGGGGCUUAUUCUCCUUGAGAAUGCGGGAGCUUGGAAAAUUACAAAAAGGGGAGCAAUUUCCCAGAAGGGUAAUAAUUGUCCUUCAGUGGAGAGCAACAGUGUGAAGGUCGAUAUCCGCAUUGUCAGCCAACAACAGGGCAUCCUCUUGGCACACACCUUCCAGAACCGCUCUAUCUCUCCUUGGGAUUACAACAUCACCAGAGACGUCAACAGAUUCCCCUCGGAGAUUGCAGAGGCCAGCUGCCGGUACUCAGGAUGUCUCAACGCUGAGGGACAAGAAGAGAAUGGGAAAAAUUCGGUCCCCAUCAAGCAAGAGAUCUUGGUUCUCCGGAGAGAGCCAACACAGAGCUGUUCCAAUUCCUUCCGACUAGAGAAGAUGCUGGUGACUGUGGGCUGUACCUGUGUCACCCCCAUCACUCGCUCUGUUGCUUGAGAUCUGCCCCUCUCUUUGGUUGGGGAAAUUGGAGAGGCUAGGGAGAAACUCACAUUUCUCCCAAAGAGCAGCCCUUCAGCCACACAUCCAUCCCUCAGCCCUUUUCAUACCCAAACUAACUCUGGUCCUUAAGACUUUCAAUCUGACCUGGGCACAGUUCUAAAAACUCUUUUCUUUAUAGGAGAAUUCCACUUUGGGGCUCUCCAGGGAACACAACUUGAUUCUGAAAUAUUCCAGUGUUAUAUUAAGUUUACCC